CGCGGCCGCCGGGGCUGGGAGUCGCCACCGACGCCAUUUCCUCGGCGCCCCCGCGGCGGCGCGGCCGCAUCAGUGCUGACGUGAGACCGACGCGCGACUCCGCCCGGCGCAGUCCCCCCCACCCCCCUGUGACGGGGGCAGCACGUACGGGGCGGCGGAUACAUGACCAUGGAAAUGGUUGAAUCGCAGCAGGAUGACAAUGCAGUGGAAUCUGUGCUGGAGAGGGACACUGGUCACCUUCGGAAUCAGCCAGGCCGAAGUCAGAUUUCUGCAGCAUCUGAUGUAACAUCAUUUACAGAUGAAUCUGCAGAUUCAGAAGGUGUGAUUGAUUCUCGAAAACGUAGGGAAAUCCUUUCAAGACGGCCUUCAUACCGAAAAAUUUUGAAUGAACUCUCAUCAGAUGCUCCUGCAGUACCAAAAAUUGAAGAAGAAGAAAAUUCAGAGGAUGAAGGAACACCUUCUGGAAUGUCUGCAAUGACCAUGCCAGCCAGCCUGUAUCAUACUCACACAGGGCAAUACAUUACUAUAACUUCAAGUAGUGCAAUCCAGAUUGCUAAUUCAGCCUCUGAUGGUAUCCACGGAAUACAGACGUUAGCAGUGGCAAAUUCAGGAACUCCUCAGCCAGGUGCUACCGUUGUGCAAUAUGCAGGACAGUCACCUGGUGGCACACAGCAAUUUUUCGUUCCUGGAAGCCAAGUUGUUGUUCAAGCUGCCACUGGAGACAUGCCAGCUUACCAGAUCAGGAGUCCCAGUACUACUUUGCCUCAGGGAGUGGUAAUGGCAGCCUCACCAGGGACUUUGCAUAGCCCUCAGCAGCUAGCAGAAGAGGCAACACGGAAGAGAGAGCUGAGGCUUCUGAAAAAUAGGCAAGCUGCUAAAGAAUGUCGACGGCGGAAGAAAGAAUACAUAAAAUGUCUGGAGAGUCGUGUUGCAGUGCUAGAAGUUCAGAACAAGAAACUUAUAGAGGAGCUUGAAUCCCUAAAAGACAUUUGCUCUUUCAAAAUAGAUCAGUAAAAAUAUUUAUUAUACUGUGAACUGACUAAAAUGUGUCCAAUUGCUUUAUGAGGCAAUAUGUAGCCAACAUGAAUUACGGCUUUUUCUUUGUGUCACUUAUAUUAUAUUCCAACUUCUAACAUUCCUGAAAUGCUUUUCUGCUUUUUUUGUCAAUUCAUAGCUCUAAUUUCAGUUUUUUCAUGUCCUUCUCUUCCAUCUCCCAAGGAGCCAAAUGUUUAAGAAAAGUAACAAAGUAAAAUGUCGCAUAAUUUCUAAGAACUGUUUCUUUGCCAUAUAUUUACGUAUGACUUUUUACCUGUUACUCAGUGUCCUGCACAUACAAAAUAUUUUAGAGUUGUUUUAGAUAAACCAUAAGCAUAAUGCAUUCAGUACUACAAGAAAAUCAAACAACCCAGGGUAUCUCAGGAAAGAGUUUAUAAAAGAAUGUUAUGAUUAUGCAUAUGUACUAGCAUACUAGUCUACAGAUGAUUUUAUGGCAUAUUUUUAUAUUAGUUGCUUUGUGGAAAAAAGUAUUGUAUUGCUGUCACUGAGUGCCAUGGUUAAAGAUAGUUUUUAAUAGAACCAUGUUGUUUAACCUGUGUAGUGUCUGAUUUCCUUGAAACAUCUGUUUAUUUGAGAUGCUUUAAACCUGUGAGUAUCUGGAAGAGGAUAAAUGAAAAAAACACACCUAAGGUGUUAAGUAUAUUGUAAAUGCCUGAAAGAAGCUCUGUUUUAUAUGGCUGCUAUUUACUUAAAUUAUCUGUAGUCUAUAGUAUAUUUUAUUUAUUAGAGGUCUACAUAUGAAACCUCAGUUUUGCAUCCUGAAUACUUUAUGUUCUAGAUUCUGGAUAGUUGUUGGCAGUUGCCCAUAGUGAAGGCUGAUGGUGUAGUUCUUUUUGGCACUUUCUGCAAACUAGAGAGAGGAAGUAAAGGUGACUUACAGAAGGAAGCUUUCUAGUAAACAGUACCUAUCUGCUGUUUCAGAGAGUUCUGGUAUACCCUUCAGGUGAGAGUUGUCAAUUUUUAAACAGAAAUCUAUGCUUGGUCCAGAUUAUAGUUCUGGUAAAUGCAGUGCAUACCAACAUUCCAUUGUACUUUGAAAGAAAAUAGUAGUUAUGCAAAAUGGCUUUUGGGUAUUUUUUUAAAUCAGGAAUGAUCUAAUUGAUGGUUGACCACUAUGGUAUAUGAGCAGAGUGUUUGGGAGCAUUGCUGGAACUAGCAGCAGUAUUGUUUCACUGUUGUGGUCGGAAGAAAGGCUUGGGUUCUACUUACUUGGCUUUAUUCUAUGUGUGUGGAGAGAGGAAUGAAAUCAUACCAUUACUAAAGUCACUGAGGAUUCUUCAGUUAAUUUAAACUGAAUUCACAGUUAACCCAAUUUAUGCUCUGAUGCUGUUGGGGGUGAGGUUGGGUUGCCUUGUUUUUCUUUUUAAUCUGGUUUUCUUUUAACUUUCUCAAAUUACUUGAAAUAAACAGGAUAACUUUCUCUAAUCUUUUGAAAACCCCACUAGGUACCUAAGUAAGGUCAUUUGUAAGAAGAGGUGUUAUCUCUCACUUUUCACAUCUGCAUCCGUUGAUUUUACAGAUGAAAACAGACUACGUUUUAGGCCCACAGACUCUGCUCCAGGUCUGGAAGAAAAGUAAACUCUGAAACAUCAAUUUUGCUGUGAAAAUACAUCUUAAGUGCUGAGGUUAGCAGAGGUCAAAGGUUCUGUGAGAGCUGGACAGAAUGAGUACAGUCUAUACAUCUGUGUUGCAGUCUCUAGACUGCAACAAAAGUGUUCAGCAAAUUGUUUUGUUAUGCCUCUGUCACUAGAAUCUGUUUUCUAUUACAGGUAGGCAUUGCUCCUGACUGUUGAGGGAUUUGGAAACUUGAAUGGAAAGAAACUUAGGUUUAUGGUGGAUGUCUGCCAGUGCAAACGUCUCUCACCUUCCCAGUAGUAUCUGGUACUAACUGUAGUACGAAAUUUGAUAGGAGUAAUCCUUGUCUGCUCCACAUCUAUGUACUCUACAGCUAUUUCUUUGCUAAUAGUUUUUAAACCAUUUGAUUCAUGUUUAUAUUUUAUUUAAAUAAUUACUUGGGAGGUGCUUUGUUAAUAAUGGGAGCUAAACCCAAAAUGCUCUUGGCAUAUGUUUGGUCGUUCUGGAAAACUCCAUUUGAUACAUUUAUCUGCACUGGGAAAAGUAUCCUUCAGAAAAGUCAAAUGUACAAAACCUGGCUCGUUUAGACUAAGACUACAGGAAAGCUUGUGACUUAUUAUUCUUUCAUUCUCAGUAACCCAGUUUAGUAUAGCAACAAUUUUGACAGAAUCAGCAACACACAUUGCUAUAUUUUAAAGUGAGUUUGGUGGUGAAUAAGAACACUUAAGAUGUACAGUUGGUAAAUCAGAACCAAGAGGCAUCUUGUCAUGAAGGAAAUAAUUUAUUUGAAAAUGAGCAAAGGCAGGUCUGCACAAAUGCCAAGAAUCUGUUGCUAAAUUUCUACUGCAGAAAUUACUACUUAAAAGAAUAAAUCCAGUUCUGAAUUGGUUUCAGAGAUGUAUAUUGAAAACUUUGUGAGACACUCCCCUGAGGCUAAACAAAGAUUUAAAGGAAAACUUGGAGUACCAUUUGGGUGUGUCAGAAAUAAUAUCAAAAUAUCCUACAUGGCAUUGCUCGAGCCUGGAUCUCUGUUCAUGUAGCCUAUCAGAGGAUUAGGGCAAUAGAUAAAAUAUAUGCUAGGAUAUGCAACUUAGUUUAGAUUAUAAAAGAAAAUAAAUAAUAUUAAGUCUUCCAUAAGUUUAUUUUUUCUCUUUAAAGUGUCAAUAUAGCCCCCUCAAGUUUUAGAUCAGUUGUGGGACUCAUUCUGUCAGUGACAUGUUUCUGAAUGUAUGUGAGAACGGGGGUCCAGUGUAGAGGCACAUGUGCUGUGAAUGAGACGAGAAUUUUCUUUUGACUUGCUGUCCAUCAAGCAUGCAUUUCUGCAUGUUAAGUUCUGUACUUGCUAGUGAUCCUCUCCGGGGGCAAAAAAAAAAAAAGUGAAAAUGGCUGGAACCAUUCAUGGUUACUUCUUUCUCUUUGUGGAAGAAAACUGAAAUAUGUCUGGAGUCUGAAUUUGUAAUUGCCAAAGUUCUUGGGAGGUGACACUAACACAUUUUAAAUGCUGAGCUGCCUAACAGUCUGGGCAAAACUGCUUGUGCUUGUAUAAUGGCACCCCCGUUCUGGAUAGCAGGCCAUGAAAAGGUCAGUUUGUAAUGAUUGUUUUGAACUUCUGAGGGUAGGUUGAAGGGCUUUUAUCAAAAUCAGUUACUGAUCUUUUUCCUCAGGAUACGUUUUGAUGUGAGAGAGGAAACUGCUUUGUGCAUUUUGACUUCUCAGUUUGUGACCACUUUUGGUUCAUGCAAAGGCUGAAUGAUCUGUUUACAGAGAAUUAGCAAGUGGAUCAAACACUGAGCUCAGAGAAUUUCCUUCACUGACAAUGGAUGGAAAGCGCUGUCCCUUGGAAUUUCUUCACCUCUUGUUAUUUGUGUAAAUUUUACAUCCAUCCCUUUCCCUAGAAGUAUGAUCAUGUAAAAUUGUACAGUGCAAGCAUGCCAGCCAACUGCUGAUUUUUGUGGAUGGUCUGUCAUGUGGCUGUGAAUCAUCUACCUAGGGAAACACAAUGUCAGUGGCUAUUGUGGUUCAUAUGAGUGCUGCGACUUGCCCUAUGUCCCCAUUUUACUGCUUCAGUUCUCAGUUGAACCAGGCUUUGGGUUCAGGACUCUUUUCUUCUCUUGAAAACCACGAGAUUAAACCCUACCUUCUGUCCUGUAGUAUGUGUUUUUAGUUUCACUGCCUUUUCCCACAAUUUGAUGCUGUCUCUAUUCUUCAAAAAAGAGGUUGCUGAGAAGAUACAAUAGCAACUGAAGAAGUGUUCAGUCUUAAUUAUCUUACUCAAUGGCUAUGUCACCGUUUUGUUUGACAAAGGUGGGAAGCACCUACUUCUCUAAUAAAAACAUAACUCUAAGCUUUGGAUACAAAUAUAUUUUCCACAGGAAUCUGAUUCCGAUUCAGAUUUGUGAAGCAGAGAGCAAGGCCUUUUGAACACUGUAUGAUUCUUGUUACAGAACGUUAGAUGAAUCUGAGAUUGUUUAUUACAAGAGAAUUUGAGCACUGCCCAAGCUUUGAUUUAUCAGAGACAGGAAUUUUGUCUUUUUCAGUACCAGAAAAGAAGGCUGAAAUAAUUGUGAUUUUCCUUCUGUAAGACAGUUGCAUGCCUAUGGUACAAAACUUGCCCCUUGCUGAAACCACAUAACUGUUUGCAAGUUUUUUGAGACAAGUAGCUAGAGGAUCUGCCUUUACUGGACAGGAAUCAUAGAAUAGUUUGGGUUGGAAGGGACCUUAAAGAUCAUCUUGUUCCAACCCCUCUGCCAUUGGCGAGGACAUCCCACUAGGUCAGGCUGCCCAAGGCCCCAUGCAACCUGGCCUUGAACACCUCCAGGCAUGGGGCAUCCACAACCUCCCUGGGCAACAUGUUCCAGUAUCUCACCACUCUCAUAGUGAAGAAAUUCUUCCUAAUGUCCAGUCUAAAUCUGUCCCUCUUCAGUUUAUACCCAUUACCCCUGGUCCUAUAGCCUUUAAGGUACACCCAAGACUGCAUGGAUGGUUUGAGUUUUUUAAAUAGAAUUUCAUGUAGCUUGGGGAAGUGGUCUCUUGAAAAAUGUCUUCAACCUCAGAGAGAUGUGGGCAAUGAAGAAUAUAAGAGCUUCCUCUUAAGGUACAGCUUUGAGUCAUAGCUGUUUUCUUCACCAUCUAAAUGGAGUCAGGGGCAGAGUUGCAGAGAGAAAUCUUUAGGCUAUCCAGGCAGAGCUGUCAAGAUCUUGAGUUUUUAAAAGACUCAACUGUUGUGACCUGGGAAAAAGAGGGUUAAAAUGAACAUAUUGUGUGAAUAGGUGCAAGAACUGCAAUAAUUGUAGAUUUUUCUGUCCACACUGAUCUAGUCAUACGGAGUGCAAGCUAUAUUUUCUCCCACUUGCUUCUCCAGGAUUUUCCCUCUAUUCUUAUCCAGCAUAAUUGCUGAUUUCUGCUAUUAUCCUGCAGACGUCAGUGCAUAGCUAAAUCCAGCAUGGUCUUUUUUCUAAUGAAGUAUCACUUUAAGCAAAAUAAAGGGGGCUGCUCAGCUUCUGGUUUAGAUUGACUCAUUUUGCCCACAGUUAUUUUCUGUUUUAUCCACUUGGUGUUUUGUGAGAAGACAAAAAUGCAUUGAAUGCUGAGCUGUUAAACAGCUGAUAGAAGUAGCUGCAUUUUGUUUGGCAGCAUUCCUGUAUAAAAUAUUUUCUUAUAGGGAGGGAGUGGGUUCCAUGUGGUUGGAGAUCUAUUUUUUUUAAGGCACUAAGAGGCUCUUUGGGAUGAGGGGUAAUAAAAUGAUUUAAUUAUUCCAUUACAAGAUGUGUUAGUUCUAGUAUUUGCUUAAUUUAAAAACUGAAGAAAAUGCAUGAGUUAAUUUCAGGGCAAUUUGAUGGUAUCUCAUGCAGACUGGCAAUGGCAGGUAGCAAAAAUAAGUUUAUUCUUCUACUUCUAAUAAAUCUUUUCUAAUCUAUUUUCUCUGGUUUCUGUUAUUUUCUACUUUUGAGAUUAGAGUUUCCUUACUGCAACUUGGUCAUUAGAGCUAUGAAGCAGAAGCUGUGUAUAUGCAUAAAGUCUCAAAGAGAUGGAGGGUAAUGUAAAGGUUGAAUGCUAUGUGUAGGCUAAGGAAGAAAACAAUUUCUUUGUUUUAUUUAUGACUUGAAUGGAAAAAGCAGUGGAGGAAGUUUCUUUGUUAUGGUAACUGCUGAGGUUUUUCCUCUCUUUUAAUAGCCGUAUCAGUGGAAUUGGGUGUGAUUAAUACAUCUUGUGAAUGGAAUUGUAGCUGUAAAAAUGUCACAAUUCAGAAGUCUUGUUACCUAGCCAAGUAAUUGUUUUUGUUUUGUGGUUUCAGAAAUAUAAUUUCCAAACCGCCUUGAAUGAAGCUUUUAGUGGUCUCAUUUUCAUGAAAAUUUUGUUUUCAGCUAUGGUUAUGCUUAUACCAGGUAAAAGCUGUAGCAGAGUUGUUUAACAAGUUCAGCCUGGACCAUCAAGUCUGUGUCUUUGAAAGCAGAUAUUUUAAAAUGUUUAGGGUUUUUUUUGUUGUUUGUUUGUUUGUUUAAAUUUCAGCAAGGUAUUUAUCAUUAAUUCUUAGUGAAGUGGGAGAAGUGCAAACAUUUUUAAACUUAAUGCAUGCUCUUACUCGUGCUUGAUCAAAUCAGUUUUGAAGACUUGGAUUCCUAAAGCUUCUGGUUGUGGGGACUAAAGCUUUCAGAAUUUUGUCAGCUGCCAUACAAACAAGAAGAUACUUAAAUCCUUACCAUCUGCCUUUUUACCAGUGAAGUUACCAAUUACUUCAAAGACUGGGACAUCUGGAACUUCUUGACACAAGUGAAGUGGGCAACCAAAAUCUGUUGAGAUCUUCAAAGUAGACAUUCCUCUGUGCCUCUCACUUGAAGCCUGACCUAAUCAGCUUUUUUAGAAGUGUGUUUACUAGAAAAGGGCCUAACGUGAAAUAUCUCCAGAGACAAAGAGGAAAAAAAAAUCAGGAUAGAGUGAACAAUGUGUUUGAAAACUCUAGUGUUAGAGUAGCACUGGCAGGCAGGUAUUGUCAGUUUGCAUGUUAGACUUCUUUUUUUUUUUUUCUUUUCUUUUUUUCUCUUUAGUUACAUAUCUUUUGUGUAAGGAUCCAGCUGCAGGGAUCAGAGCUCUGCUGUAUUGAACAGAGGAUGAGAAGCAUUAACAUUUCAAAGUUACUGCCAGUUUCUAUUGUAGUGUCUUGUGUAAAUUUUCAUCUAUAGCUCUCUCGCUAAUGCUAACAGAUCUGUUCCAUAUAUUGUGUCCUUUCUCAUAAAUUUUUAUUUUCUUGAAAUAUUAAUCUUGUUUCCUGUGAAAUGACAAUUAGGUGCUUGUGUCUGUGUCUGAUUUCUUCUGUUAUGUUUUGAACCUGAUGGUAAAUUUCAAUUACAGUUGAGACGUGUCAAAGAUCUCUCAAAAGUUCAUGAAAAUAAGUGAUUACCAAAGAAGGCAUAGACUUCCUAAAGGAAAAGCUACCACAUAAGUUUUGUUAGGUAUAAGGAAACUUACUUGGGAUUCUCUCCUGUUAGAGUCUAGAGAAUUAAUUAAUUGAUUGCAGGUGAACGUCAAAAAAAUGAGGUUUCAUUAGUUUUGUUGCUGACAACUAUUAGUAUCUCGGGUGGGGGGCAGUGUGUGUGGAGAGAUACUGAAAUGUCUAUGGAAUACACCUUAUUUAUUAAAAAGGUAAAUGUGUUCAUAAACAAAGUGUAUGCCUUGCAGACCUAAGCUGUUGAGUCUGAAGUUGUUCUCUGCCUCUUCACUAAGCCAACAGUAGUUGACUAAGCGGCGGUGGAAUGUACACUGAUAAAAUACUUGCUGGAUGCUGACCAAGAUUUAAACAGUAACUGACAAUUUUGCACACUUCAGCCAGGCAAAUAAGUGAAAAGUAGACCAGUUUUAAAAUACAGUGUUUACGAGAAAAAAAAUAACCACUGCUUUUACUGUUACACUGUUGUAACUAUGAGUAGAGAGUCUGGUAGUUUGCCCUGUUAAAUUUAAGAUGUUAGUAAUUUCUGACCUUUUGGGUUCAGUUCAAAACAAAAAGACACGAUUUUUUCCAGCUGUUUUAGAGUGACACCUGGUGGACUGUAAAUGUCUGCACUUUAGUUCCGAACUGAUUAAGCCGCCAAAAGGAUAUUGCAGAAGCGGUGAAUUUCUUGUAUCCUGGGGGGCAAGGUGGGAUGUUGGAUGUUCUGUGGCUAUUGAGAACACAUAUUUUUUCUGCUGGUCCUGUGUUAAUAAGUAAUUAGUAAUGAGUGAUUUAUAAUUUGAUAGCUUUCUAACAGGGAAGAAAAAGAUCAUAUAGACAAAUUUUCAAUUGGUCUUCCUGAUCAAUUUAGUCUCCUUUAAUGAAAGCCAAUUGAGAAUUAUUUAACCUUGAUUUAUAUAAAGUCUAAUAAUCAUGCAAUGUUAUUGAAUUACUUAAAAAGUGAUAUUACAAAUAUUGCUAUUAAAGCACAGUAGUUACUGGUUCUAGGUCACAAAAAUGAAAUAGAAUAAAAAAACUUGUAUCUUUUGAAACAUAGUGAUGUGAAGGGAAAAGGAAAUAAUGCAGUUUCAACCCAGGCGUAUGGAGUAUCAUUCUGGAAAUGGAAAGCUGGAGGGGGGGAAGAGAUAAAAUCCAUUCUUCAGGCUAGAUAGAUUUCACUUUUCUAAUAAAUUGCUCAGUUCAGCAUUACAACCAUAAAUGUAUAGUAUUCCAUCCCGUAAUCAUGUCUCCAAGUGGCUGUAUGUGUGAUGGAUUGUACAGGACUGUGUAGUGUACUGUUACACUGAACCCAUAACUCCCAUGAAGCUUAAACUGAGCUCCUAAACACUUUUUUUUUUUCCCCCCUCACUCAAGAGAAUUAGCCAAAUACACAGGAGGUGAUCUCAAAAUCUCUAAAAAUGAAUGAAUUUCUAUAUGGUCAGUUAAUGGGCCUUUGCUAUGAAAAAUGAAAAACAUCAUUUGAGAAUUGGUAUUGAAUAUGACAAGCAUUUAAAUUUUAUAUAGUUUAAUUUACAGUUGAAUCAGUAGCUAUGCAAUGUAAUUCCCAUUCAUAAGUGUAAUGUUAACUUGGUCACAGUUUAAAACUUUUUAAAGUUUGUGUUGCAUUUGAGAGACAGUCUGAAGAGGAUUGGUAUCCACUUUCACUGUAGUGUAUGACUGCAAAGCUUAUCAAGUCAUUUGCUGUCCCACCUGUUUUCAACAUAGCUGGUUUGGCCUAUGUUAUAUCUGGUUGAGUAUCUCUUCACCAGACUGGAGCCUUCCUGAGGCUGGGAAUGUUAUGCUGAAACAACAUUUAAGGUGAGCUCUUGUUUGAAUAGAUCAGUUGGUUUCACAGACAAAGCUCGUCUGUUUCCAGUGCACCUCCCCCUCCCCUUUCUAGACUCAAAGAAAUAGUUGCUGCUGUUCUUUAGCUGCUAUUUUAGCUUUGGAGAUGCUUAAGUCUUCUGCUUAGUCUCCUGCGUCUGCCAUUACCACCCUGGGGAUCAGAAAUGGAUUUUGGCUUAUAAUGCAACUGAGUGUCUUCUUUUGUUGACAGCAGAGGUCUCACUGUCCAACUUGAAAACAUACGGAGGUGAGAAACAACAUGUGCAAAUACGUACUGCAAUAUCUGCAGGGCUUAGUUGGAACCAUCUCAUAGUAGCACAGUUGUACCAGAUCUCAUUAAUAAAUGACUGACAGCAGAUCUCUGCUGUCUGCUGGACAAUUUGCAGAAGGCAGAGAUAAGGGAACGCGGACAAGUUAUUUCUGCAAGUAAAGCUUUGUAUUAACUCCUUUUAGCUAGAUUUUCCAAGUCCUCUCUUGAGUGAUGGCUUUUGUAGCAACGUUUGACCUAGCUGCCUGUAGGUAAAAAGUUUGAAUUUUUCUCUAGAAACCUUGUCAGCUUCCACCUUUGGCAGUGAAACUUGUUAUGCUUUUUCAUACACAUUUUACACUAAGGGAAUGGCUACAGAGAUGCUGAAGAGCUUUGUCAGGUGUACUAAGGUGAAAUAAAGGCAUAUGCACAAAUUUGAAGGCAGGAAAAGUUUCCUUCCACCAAGAAGGGCACUCCCAUAAUAAAAUUAUCAAAGCUGUACUCUGAAGUGUUUCUCACCCACCCCUCUGCACCCUGCAAAGGUUCUGAAAAUGUGUAAUUUUCAGCUGUCCAACCAGUCUAAAGGGUCUGAAAGAAUCAGUUAACAGCAGAUUAUAUUAAAAAAAAAUCUGAUUUCAAUACCUACCUCUGCUGAAAUUAUAAGAAAAUAAACCUAGCACUAACAUGGGUUUAUUAUGCACUGUAUAAAGACUAUAUUUAGGAUGGAGGAAAACAUUAACAGUGUCAAUGUAGACUUAGUUUUUGGUUAGGAUAUGGGGCAAUUCUAUCUUUCUGAAUUAUUAUUGGAAAAAUAUUCACAUUCUGAAAAGAUUGACUAAUGUGUAAUGAUUUAUGCAACUGCACAAGAGAAACUGUGUAUAGAUCAAAGAGAAAUUGAGUCAAUUAGUGUUCUUUAUGAACGGGCACUAUGGUUAAGUAUGUUGGUCACUUUUUAGAGAUUAGUUGUCUGUGAUCUUGGACAGAUGCCCAGUAAAGUGAAGCACUGGAAUUGCUGAUAUAAAAAUAAUCCUAAUAACUUUGUAGUAAUAUAGAGAAGUGGUGUAAAAUAAGCAGCUCUGUUUCUAAAUACAUAGUUGAUAAGGAAAUAAACCUAUUAAAAAUAAAAUCUCUUCAUAAUGACUGAAUAAAUUUUAAAAGUGAUUCAUAUUCCUAAUGAAUUUAUCUGCUUUGAAUCUUUAGCUAUAUAAUGCAAGACAAAAGGUAUUAAGAAAUACAGGGAACAUAGCUGAUACUUGACCUGGUGAUGUCUGAUAUGUGAUGCUUAGCCCAAAUCAGCAGAUUUUGUUUGCGCAUGUCAGUUGAUAAUUGUAGCAGAAACCUUAGCUGAAUCUGGCAACAGCUUUUCAAUACGAACCAACAGAUGCUAUACUAAAGUUGUCUUCUUUUUUUUUUCAGCUGCCUAAACAACAAAAACCAACCCCAACCUGAACAAACCCAAAACAACCAAC